AAUAAGAAAAGAAAGCGUAUAAAAUAAUCUUAACCCUAGAUCUUCAAUUCAUUCACCACCAAACUCCCUUUCUUCUCAUUACUCAACAACCAUCACACACUUUCCUUUUUCAUUCCAUUUCCUUCCAAUUUUCAUUCUCAGAUCUCACAAUUCACACUCUCCUCUUCAAAAAACCCUAAUUUCCUCAUCAAAGUUUCCAUCUUUAUCACUUCAAUUUCAAAUCCCAUUCCUUCAAGUACAAUUUUGUAUAUUCUUUGAAUUUCUAGCUAAAGACUGAGUUUUCAUGGCAAUGCCAAUGGGAAAUGCAGUUACGCCGGAGAUUAAGCAUUUUCCGGCAGUGGUUACUGGCGGUGAGAUACAGUACAGACCACAACAACAACAACAACCACAACCACAACAAUGGUUUGUUGAUGAGAGAGAUGGGUUUAUGAAUUGGCUUCGUAGCGAAUUCGCAGCUGCGAAUGCGAUUAUUGAUUGUCUUGUUCAGCAUUUACGUGUUGUUGGUGAAGGUGGUGAGUAUGAUUUUGUUGUUGGUGCAAUUGAGCAGAGGAGAGUUAAUUGGAAUCAAGUGCUUCUUAUGCAGCAGUAUUUUUCGGUUUCUGAGGUGGGGUAUGCUUUACAGCAAGUGGCGUGGAGGAGGCAACAGAAGUUUGCGAAACCGGUUGUUAAGGAGUUUAGGAAGGUUAGACAAUGGCAGAGGUUUGAGGGUGGUGGUAAUGUUAAGGAAGGUAGUAAUUCUAGUGUUGAAUCUCGUCGUGGUGAAGUGAAUUAUGCAGUUAAAGGGUCUCAGGUAGUUGAUAAGAGUGAAGAAUAUAAAUCUGGUGGCAAAGUUGGAAGUAAGGAUGAUAAGAGUUCAGAAAGUGUUGAGGUGAAGAAAGAUACUAUAACAAAUCAUCAAUCUGAUGGCAUUUUGAAGACCUCUGUUAAUUCUCAAGGAUCUCUGUCCAGCGCAGAAUGUAAAGCUGUGGGUGUAAAUGCAGAAUCGGCAUCAAAGUCUGGAGAAAAUGGUUCACUUUCUAUGCAAAAUCAACAUAAGAACGAGAAUGGUUCUACCACAGGAAAAACUUUUAUUAGCAAUGAGAUGGUUGAUGGAAAGAUGGUUAAUGUGGUGGAAGGACUGAAGUUGUAUGAGAAUUUACUGGAUAGUACUGAAGUUUCAAAACUUGUUUCAUUGGCCAAUGAUUUGAGGGUUGCUGGAAGAAAAGGACAAUUGCAAGGUAGUCAGACAUAUGUGGCUUCUAAAAGGCCCAUGAGAGGGCAUGGAAGGGAGAUGAUUCAAUUGGGUGUUCCCGUUGCUGAUGCACCACCAGAUGUGGACAAUAUGACUGCAUCAUUCAAAGAUAAGAAUUUCGAAUCUAUUCCUUCCUUGUUUCAAGAUAUCGUUGAGCGCAUGGCUGCCUCAAAAGUGAUGACUGUGAAGCCUGAUGCGUGCAUUGUGGAUUUCUAUAACGAGGGUGAUCACUCAACGCCAAACAGUUGGCCGUCUUGGUUUGGAAGGCCUAUUUAUACGCUUUUCCUGACUGAAUGUGACAUGACUUUCGGUAGAACAAUUGUCUCAGAACACCAUGGGGAUUUUAGGGGCAAUGUCAAGCUUUCUCUUGUACCUGGGUCCCUUCUAGUGAUGCAAGGGAAGUCAGCUGAUUUUGCUAAACAUGCUAUUCCUUCUAUUCACAAACAACGCAUACUUGUUACUUUUACAAAGUCUUUACCAAAAAAGUCCCUGCCAAUUGAUGCUCAAGGUUUUGUAUCACCGGCAACAUCACAUUGGUCAUCGUCAGCCACACCGAGCAGAUCUCCGAAUCAUAUCAAUCAUCGUCCAUUAGCUCCUAAGCAUUAUUCCGCAGUUCCAGUAACUGGGGUACUGCCUGCUCCAUCCCUACAUGCUCCUCCUAAUAGCAUGCAGCCAUUAUUUGUGCCAGUGCCAGUUGCACCUCCCAUGCAAUUUGCUACACCUGUGCCGAUCCCUACUGGCUCCACAGCAUGGAACGCGGCUCCUCCAAGGCAUCCUCCUCCUCCUCGAGUUGUCGUUCCCGGCACAGGAGUCUUCCUCCCUCCAUCUGGCUCAGCUAAUUCAUCUCAGCACUUGCAAGGUACCUUAACUGAAGUGAACGUAGGCGUUGGUGGAACCCAAAACUCAUCGAUUAAGGAAAACGGGAAAACUAAUCAUAAAAAUACUAAUGGUUCACCAAACGGUAAAAAGGAUGGAAAUCUGCAAAGGCGAGAAUGCAAUGGAAAUACAGAUGGAACUGAAGUUGAACAAGCUAUAGUGGAAGAAGGGGAAAACAAUGGAGAAACUGUUGCAAGCCAAUGAGACACUAGAGAUAGAAGGAAGGUUUAUUAUCAAAGGAAAGAGACAGACUAAGAACUUAAUUUGAGUUUGAAUCAAAAUGUAAAAAGCGGCAAUAUCGGAGAUAACAUUAUACUGCAAAGGAGAGAACAAAGGAACGAUUCAGAACAUUUUGGUUCUCUUCAAAAUCCUUUCUUUGUUUGCUUCAUUCCUUCUUUUUGUUGUCUUAAUAUUUAUAACUUCUAUAGUAAGAUAAAACUCAUUCUUAAUUCAGAUUUAGAUGUUUCCACUGAA